AUGACGUCGAUCGGGAGCAAGUCAAGAAGCAACAAGGGCAAGUCGGUGGAUUCCGAGAAGAGUGCAGUGAGGACGGCGACGAUGGAAAGCUGGACAGGAGCGAUGCAGAAUCAGGACGGCUGGCGAAAAGAAAAGGAAGAGCUCGAGGAGGAACUGUCAAAAUCGAAGCGAGAGAACGAUGAGGUGGCCAAGAAGCUUGAAGAAGCGUGGGAAGCCGCCGAGAAGGCAGAAGAAACGAUUGAGGAUCUGGAAAGGGCACUACAGAAGGAAAGAAAGACGUCGGAGAGAUGGAGAAGCCGAUGGGAAAGCGCUGAAGGUAAGAAGGUAGAAACAUUGUCAGGAAAUGAAGAGAAAAGUCAGGUUCAUGCAAGCAGAACGUCGUCAAGGAGUUCAAACGGAUCUUCUGUGGAUUGGCACGAUGAGAGGAAGGAGAGAAAGACGGGUGAGUAUUUUUCUAAGAAGUGUGACCUGAAGAAUGACAGAAGUGAAAGUGGAGACCAGAGGAGAUCGUCAAUAAAGUGCUAUAAAUGUCAACGAAUGGGGCAUAUAGCUAGAGAUUGCGAUGCGAAGGUGAUUCACCACGUUGAGACUGAUGGAGCAGGACGCGGUGUGGGAGCGAAGAUGAGAGAAAGAUUUGGAAUCAUUUGGAAUCUGAUUAUCAUGUAUUUUAAUAUGGAGGCAGAGAGUCGAAGUACUGACGAAUCCAACGUUUGCAUUGAGGAAUGCUUCAGGAAAGGGAAUGCAUGUGAAAGAGGAAAAAAAGCUGAAGUGUGGUUCCAAAUAGUGGAGGAUAGAGCUGAAAUCCUCUUGUUGGGAACGAAUGCUUUUGAAGGUAUCGGUGUUGAGUUGGCAUGGAAGCCAAAGCAAGAAGAGCGCAUAAAGGAAUUAGGAAAAAGUCCAAAAGCGAAAUGGAAGAGAAAUGCUAAGCGUGCGAAGUGUGAGACAAGUAGCGCUACAGUUAAUCAUAUCAUGACUGAGGAAAAUGUUGUUGAAAACAAUCUUUUUUGCAGGAAGCUGAUGGAAGAAGGAUGCGGAUGUCAAAAAAGAAAGUGCACAGUCCAAGAAGGAGACAACGUUUGUUCAAGUGUGCAACAACUCGGAGUGGUGCUGUCAGCAAAAGGAAAAGGUGUGGAUUUGGAAAAGUGGAAUUUGUUCAAAUAUUCCAAAGAAUUCCAGGCACAAGUGACUACGGCUGAGAAGCUUUAG